UAAGCUCAAUCCAACGCACACUAUACACAAAUAGUAGCAUUAUAUAAAGCACGCUGCACUCGUCGCCGCCGACUUCAAUCUUAACCUUAUUCUCUCCUCGUCAUCUCUCUAUUGGCUUAAACCCUAAUCGCCUAGCAUUACUGAAUUUUCGUUGGGAAAAUGUCCGACGAAGAAAGGGAGGAACGGGAGUUGGAUCUCACCUCCCCCGAAGUUGUCACAAAAUACAAAUCCGCUGCUGAAAUUGUUAACAAGGCGCUGCAAUUAGUUUUGUCUCAGUGCAAACCAAAGUCGAAGAUUGUUGACAUUUGUGAAAAGGGGGAUGCUUUUAUCAGGGAACAAACUGGGAACAUGUACAAGAAUGUGAAGAAGAAGAUAGAAAGGGGUGUUGCCUUCCCAACUUGUAUCUCAGUGAACAAUACCGUCUGUCACUUUUCGCCAUUGGCCAGUGAUGAGGCUGUGUUGGAAGAUGGAGAUAUUGUGAAAAUUGAUAUGGGGUGUCACAUAGAUGGCUUUAUUGCUGUAGUUGCUCAUACGCAAGUGCUUCAGCAAGGGCCAGUAACUGGAAGAGCAGCUGAUGUUAUUGCUGCAGCAAAUACGGCUGCUGAGGUUGCUUUGAGGCUUGUGAGGCCAGGGAAAAAGAAUAAAGACGUCACCGAGGCAAUUCAGAAAGUUGCAGCUGCUUACGACUGCAAGAUUGUUGAAGGAGUACUAAGUCAUCAAAUGAAGCAAUUUGUAAUUGAUGGAAACAAGGUUGUGCUAAGUGUCUCAAGCCCUGAUACUAGAGUGGAUGAAGCAGAAUUUGAGGAGAAUGAGGUGUAUUCUGUUGACAUUGUCACCAGUACUGGUGAAGGAAAGCCAAAAUUAUUAGAUGAGAAACAAACAACUAUUUAUAAAAGAGCUGUUGAUAAGAACUAUCACCUCAAGAUGAAAGCAUCUCGGUUUAUUUUUAGUGAGAUAAGCCAAAACUUCCCCAUCAUGCCAUUCACUGCAAGGGCUUUGGACGAAAAGAGAGGUCGUCUGGGCCUUUUAGAGUGUGUGAACCAUGAACUUUUACAGCCCUAUCCCGUACUUCAUGAGAAGCCAGGUGACUUGGUUGCGCAUAUCAAGUUCACUGUUUUGCUUAUGCCAAAUGGCUCGGAUAGGAUCACAUCCCAUCCUCUUCAGGAGCUGCAACCUACUAAAACUAUUGAGGAUCCGGAGAUUAAAGCAUGGUUAGCAUUGGCCACAAAGACAAAAAAGAAGGGCGGAGGGAAAAAGAAGAAGGGUAAGAAAGAAGACAAAGUUGAAGGUGCAGCAGCAGAGCCAGAGCCUAUGGAUGCAAAAGAAUGAGGAGUUUCUCUUGUUUCUUGGCAGUCUUAGUCGUGUAUCAUGCAUGUUAAAGAAAGAAAUUUUGGCCGCUUGGUUGUAUCGUGUUCGCUGCUGCUGCUUUGAGACAUGAAAAUUGUUAACCGGUGUGGUGUGUCGUACUUUGUUCACUGACUGCUCUUUUGCUGCCAUUUAUGUAUACAUUUUUCUUUCUAUUUAGAUAGAUAGAAUGAUUAAUAAAUGUAAACAAUAUUGGUUUGUUGUCUCUCUGUCAGCCAUUUUCAAUGUAACAAUAUUGGUGUGUUGGGAUA